UCAGAGGCCAGGAGGAGGGCUCCCACGCGGUGCUGGCCAGCGCUGGUGCCCACUUGGCAGCACAAGCCUCCCACAGGGGCUGCUGCCAGCAUCCGUGCCCCAGGGCUGUCCGUGGGGCCCCGCCUCCCUGGAGGCGCCCCAUGAUCAGCAGGGGUCUGACCCUGGCUCCUGCAGACUGCCACCCCACCCCGGGUCUUCCCAGCCUGGCAAGCAGAGUCUGUUCCCGCAGCCCUCCAGCUCUCCUGAAAGGAAGCCAGACAUUCUGGGAGCUCGCCUUCCUGCUGCAGGAACCCCAAGCUGAGGAGCUCGACGUGGGGCUCAGACCAACCUGCUCCUUGGGGGAACCUCUGCGACUGUGAAAUCCGGCCCAUGAACAUGAGCAAAAGCUACACCAUGAAGUACCACGGAAGGGUAACCUACGAUGCUGACGUGCUAAAGAUGUUUUGGGAGAAAAAAAUCAAGCUUCACAGGGAACAACUGCAAAAGGAGGACAUGAGGAUCCGCAGGAGUGCCCUGGACAGGCUCCGCGACGAGUGGGCUCGGCAGCUGGAGAGGAGGAACCAGAUGCUGCAGAGCUCCCAGGAGGCGCCCCCGCAGCCAGCCCCACUGGGCACCCCCGCCCUGAGCACCGGGGACCAGCUGGCAGCCUGAGAGCGCAGCUGCCCGCGGCCCCGUGCCGCCCUUGCGGCCGCCCAGCCCCUGCAUGGUUUUGCGUCUCUAGCGUGAUGUAAGCGCCCAAUAAAAUCUCAGAUG